AGCCUCGCGUUGAUAUACCAGAGUCAACAGCAGUGGACGAAGGCAGAGGAUCUGUUUUUGCAAGUGAUACAGACAAGAAAGCGUGUACAAGGGAUGGACCAUCAAGAUACGCUAAACAGCAUAGCCAACCUAGCAUCAACCUACAUAUAUCAAGGG